AUGGACCUCCAGAAGUUGCUGAUUGUUGGAUUUCUUCUGUGUUCUCUAAUUUGCUUCUUAGAACCUCUGGUUUCCUCUUCGUCAUUUUUAACUUCUUUUGGACUACAAGAGAAGGAAAGAUCAGAACCUAUCUCAAGGGGAAAGGACAGGUCCUGGCUGAACAACAUCAGGGAUUACGUGUGGGAUCUCAUCAAAAGCACCCUACCUCGGGCAGCCAUUUUGGCCUUUCUUUUGAGCUCCGCAGUAAUGGGAACCCUCUGCUGCCUCACCAUUCUUGUGCGUGAACCAAACCACUAA